AUGAGCAGAGAGGACCUUUCAAGCACAGUGGAGCGCACGCCCGUCAAGGAAAACGCCGAGGAGAAGCGCCGGCUUCGGGAGGAGGCGUUUCUCGCGUCAACCCCUGGAUGGCAGCCACCGAGCACGCGCCGCCGCAUAGAGCUCACACGGGAUCCGCAGAAACUCAGGCAUUAUUUGCGUGAAUUAAGCUCCGUGCUGGUCAACGUCAGCGAGAGCCCAGUUCCGUCUUCUGCGCAGGCAGAGCCAGGGACGGAUGCGCACGCCGGUAAUCCUGCGGGCCAGGGCGGCAAAAUUGCGCGCGGUGCGCGGCUGGCACAGGAUGUAUUCGGCAAUUUGCCUCCCGGCUACGAGAGGAAGGCGCGGCGGCUAAAUAGCUCGCUGCCGGUGGUGAUACAGAGCGCAUCGGAGGAUGCUCCUGACGUAACGUUGGAGGGCGAGCCGGAUAUGAUGCAGGACUUGCCCGCGGCCGGAGGUCCGGCCGCGGGCGCUGGCACGUCAUCGCCGCAGUGGUACGAGCAGCUCGAUAUCGGAGAGAUGUCAGAGGCGGAGAGCGAGGCAAGUGCGUCAGAGAGAUCUGCAGAGGCGGGGAGCGUGGCACGGAGCCUGCCGCUGUCGCUACUGCGGCGCCUCGUGGGGCCCACUGUAGAUAAGGGCGGCUACUACCUGCGGGCGCAGGCGCUAGAGCGGCUGCAGCAGGUGGCUGCGGAGCUUGUGCAGUCCUUGGCACAAGACCUUUGCCGGGUGGACGGCGCUGUGGUAGUCGACCGUUCUGCGCUGGUGCGCAUUUUUGCCAAUCAUGGAGUUCUGGGCGGCACGGCGGGCAAUCUGGAACUGUUCCGGCUUUGCCAACGAUAUUUACCGCUGGAAGUGCUUAACAGCAUGGAGAGCGCGCUGUUCGGCGGAGAUUGA